GAAGAGUGUUCUGUGAGUGGCUGUAAGUGUUUGAGUAAUUUACUUUCUCUCUUUCUUUUGAUCUCUCAGAUUGGUGUCAUAAUUAGUCAAUCAGUUUAACAACAUCAUUUGAGGUUUUGAAGAAAUGGAAGGAAGAAGAUUGUUUUGUUUCAUGUUGGCUCUGCAAAUGGUAAGCUGGGAAUCUGCAACAAGCAGGCCUUUAGCAUCACAUAAUGGUCUUGCUGUUCAUCAAUCAGUCCGAGGACAGAUUCCAAAGCCUUCACAAGUUUUCUUGGUUCCAAAGCUGAACUCGGAAGAGAGUCCAAGACAGGCUGCAAUAAACGAAAAAGCAAUUGGCAGAGGAGUGAGCAGAAUAGGAUCAAGCCCACCAAGCUGUGAACACAAGUGCUAUGGAUGCACCCCAUGUGAAGCCAUUCAGGUGCCUACCACAAGCCAUGUUGGCCUCCAGUAUGCAAAUUAUGAACCUGAAGGCUGGAAAUGCAAGUGUGGGCCUUCCUUUUACAGCCCAUGAAACUACACUAGAGACCAUUGGAUAUAUACAGCUCCAGAGCUCAACUAAGAUGGUCAUCAAUCCAUUGCCAUUCCACUGUACAAACCACACUCAGCUUAGCUUGAGGAUCGUCUUUCUUAGAGACUAGUAUCAGUGUUGCAUAUGUUGUUGUAACUUGUUAGCAUUAGCAGCUUAAAUUUUGAAAAGAAGAUUGAAUCUGGUGAGAAUAAGAUCAGUGUCAUCAG